AUAUGCGAGCGGUACCAAAAGGUGCAAGUGUGGGAACCGAAUUUGUAUAGUACACACAUAUAUUGAGGAUAAAAUUCCGACGUCGACGCAAAGAUCGGUCUCGAGGAGUCUCGAGGAAUUUGAUCCUGACAACCGGGGAAAGGAUGAGGCGAAAGGCAGGAGUGGGCGCGAUCCAAAAGCAGAAGUUGGAGCAGGAGAAGUACCGGGACAAGGGCACGGAGAUCCAGGAGAAUCAGUUCGAGCAGAUGACCAAGCACAUGGAGACGUUCCGCGUGAACCUCGAGGAGUUCGCGUCGAAGCACAAGAGCGAGAUUAAGAAGAACGCGCAUUUUCGACGUCAGUUCACGGAGAUGUGCGCGUCGAUUGGCGUGGAUCCGCUCGCGUCCGGUAAGGGUUUCUGGUCGGUGCUCGGUAUCGGCGACUUUUACUACGAGCUCGCCGUCCAAAUCGUCGAGGUCUGCAUGGCGACUAACUAUAAGAACGGCGGCCUGAUAUCGCUGGACGAGCUGAGAACGCGUCUGAUACAAGCCAGAGGACGCAGGAAAGAGCAUCAAGAUAUCACCAACGAGGACCUGCUCGCUGCUGCGAAGAAGCUUAGGAUAUUCGGUAACGGCUUCUCCGUGGUUCCCAUCGGUAGAGGCAAGCACCUGGUGCAGUCGGUGCCUGGUGAACUCAGCAUGGACCACACUGCAGUGCUACGUCAGGCAAGCCUGUCCACAAAUGCCUAUGUCUCCAAAUCGAUUCUGUGCAAAGAACUGAAAUGGGAAGAGGACAGGGCUCAGAAGGCGCUAGAUCACAUGAUGAAGGAGGGUCUGGCCUGGCUCGACAAGCAGGCGGAAGAUGAGACGCUAUAUUGGUUUCCCAGUUUAUUCACAGCUUGCAUCGUUUCCAAUGAAUGAAACUUGAUGUUAAGAAUAUCGACAUUGUCAGAUAGAUAG